CUGUCUGCAACCCCAGGCUGUAACAUAUUGAAGUUAUCCGUAUGCUGUGUUGCAAUUCUAUUAAAUACGUGACCAGCAAUCCGUGUGCUCCCCCAGCAGCGCACAAAGCCCACCACGACGGCGGCUUUCCCGUCCCUACACCCAAGACCCGCUCUGUGCACAGCCAGGGAACCGGCUGCGGCUCAGGGGCGGCCAUCUCACGACACCUCAGCCCGCUCCCCUCAGCUUCAGGGCGCUGAAAAACGCAGGGGAGGGACACGCACGGCACAGCAGCCCGCCGGGGUGGGGCAGCGCUUGCGCGGUGGUUGCUACUGAAAGUUUAGGGCCCACGUGGGCUUCAGGAUAGGGCUGUGGAAGGGACGGCGUGCCCCGCACAGCACCCCGGACAACCGCCGCGUUUGGCUGCCGGUUCCCGCCCUCGCCAUGGCCCCCGCGGAGGUCCUUAGCGGCAAAGUCGUCUCCGCACAAGUGAGAGAGAGAUUAAAGAAGCAAGUUGCUGAGAUGAAGGAGAAGUUUCCAGGUUUCACACCAGGACUUGCGAUUUUGCAGGUUGGAAAUCGGGAUGAUUCAAACCUCUACAUUAAUAUGAAGCUGAAGGCUGCUGCUGAGAUUGGGAUCAGUGCCAAUCACAUAAAACUGCCAAACACAGCAACAGAAGCUGAGGUCCUCAAGUGCAUUGCUUCUUUGAAUGGAGACCCUGCUGUUCAUGGCUUUAUAGUGCAGCUGCCCCUUGACUCUGAUAAACCUAUCAAUACCGAAAAAAUAACCAAUGCUGUUGCACCUGAGAAGGAUGUAGAUGGCUUAAGUAGCAUCAAUGCUGGGAAACUGUCUAGAGGAGACCUUGGAGACUGCUUUAUUCCCUGUACUCCAAAAGGAUGCAUGGAACUUAUCAGACAGACAGGCAUCCAGGUUACGGGGAAAAGAGCUGUAGUGGUUGGUCGCAGUAAGAUCGUUGGUGCUCCUAUGCAUGACCUGCUGCUCUGGAAUCAUGCAACAGUAACCACUUGCCAUUCAAAGACCUCAACUCUGGCUGAGGAGGUUGCUAAAGCUGAUAUCCUGGUGGUUGCAGCUGGCAAAGCUGAAAUGGUGAAAGGUGAAUGGAUCAAACCUGGUGCAAUUGUAAUAGACUGUGGAAUUAACCAUGUGCCAGAUAGCACAAAGGCCAGUGGAAAAAGAGUUGUUGGAGAUGUGGCAUACGCAACAGCAAAAGAGAAAGCUUCUUACAUUACCCCAGUUCCUGGUGGUGUUGGACCGAUGACUGUGGCCAUGUUAAUGCAGAGUACAGUGGAGAGCGCGCAGCGUUUUCUGGAGAAAUUCCAGCCUGGAAAAUGGAACAUCCAAUACAACCAGCUUACCCUAAAGAUGCCUGUUCCAAGUGACAUUGAAAUAUCACGGUCUUGCAUACCCAAGCCAAUUGAUCAAGUUGCAAAAGAAAUUGGCCUCCUCCCAGACGAGAUAGAGCUGUAUGGCCAAACUAAAGCCAAGGUUCAUCUGUCAGCUCUGAAACGUCUGAAGAACCAGCCUGAUGGCAAAUAUGUCGUUGUUACUGGGAUUACUCCCACACCUCUGGGAGAGGGGAAAAGCACCACCACCAUAGGUCUUGUUCAAGCCUUAGGAGCGCACCUUCACCAGAAUGUCUUUGCUUGUGUUCGGCAGCCUUCUCAGGGACCAACCUUUGGUAUAAAAGGAGGAGCUGCUGGAGGUGGCUAUUCUCAAAUUGUUCCCAUGGAAGAGUUUAACCUUCACCUCACUGGUGACAUCCAUGCUAUCACUGCAGCGAACAACCUGGUUGCUGCUGCUGUGGACACACGUAUAUUCCAUGAGCUAACUCAGAGCGACCAGGCCCUCUAUAACCGUUUGGUGCCUUCUGUCAACGGUGUCAGGAAGUUCUCAGAGAUUCAAAUCCGAAGACUACAAAAAUUGGGAAUUAGCAAAACUGAUCCUGCAGCCUUGACAAAGGAGGAAGUAAACUUAUUUGUGAGAUUAGACAUUGAUCCAGCCACCAUAACAUGGCAAAGAGUACUGGAUACAAAUGACAGGUUCCUUAGGAGAAUCACUAUUGGACAGUCUCCAACAGAAAAAGGCUUUUCACGAACGGCUCAGUUUGACAUCACAGUGAGCAGUGAAAUCAUGGCAGUUCUAGCACUCUCUGAUGGCCUGGAUGACAUGAAAAAGCGACUGGGCAGAAUGGUAGUAGCUUCCAGCAAGAGAGGAGAACCGGUUACAACAGAUGACCUUGGAGUGACUGGUGCUCUGGCUGUCUUGAUGAAAGAUGCUGUUAAGCCAAACCUCAUGCAGACGCUAGAGGGAACCCCUGUGUUUGUUCAUGCGGGACCUUUUGCCAAUAUUGCACAUGGGAAUUCUUCAGUGUUGGCAGACAAAAUAGCACUGAAGCUUGUGGGUAAAGAAGGUUUUGUUGUUACAGAAGCAGGAUUUGGUGCAGAUAUAGGCAUGGAGAAAUUCUUUAACAUUAAGUGUCGUUAUUCUGAUCUCCGGCCUAAUGUGGUGGUGUUGGUUGCUACUGUGCGAGCUCUGAAAAUGCAUGGAGGAGGGCCUGCAGUCACUGCUGGGAUACCCUUGCCAAAAGAGUACACGGAAGAGAACCUUCAGCUGUUGGCAAAAGGUUGCAGUAACCUAAGCAAACAAAUCCAGAAUGCUCGGUUGUUCGGUGUCCCAGUAGUAGUGGCUGUCAAUGCUUUCAAGACAGAUACAAAGGCUGAACUGGCUCUUGUAGUACAACUGGCAAAAGAAGCAGGAGCAUUUGAUGCUGUGGAGUGCACUCACUGGGCAGAGGGUGGUAAAGGAGCUGUUGCAUUGGCUCAGGCUGUGCAGAGAGCAUCACAGACACCCAGCAACUUCAGGUUCCUCUAUAAUGUAGAGCUUCCUGUCAUAGAUAAAAUCAGAAUUAUUGCACAGCAGAUCUAUGGGGCAAGUGACAUUGAGCUACUUCCGGAAGCACAGGAGAAAGUCGCCGUGUACACUAAGCAGGGCUUUGGAAACCUGCCAAUCUGCAUGGCUAAAACUCAUUUAUCAUUGUCUCAUGACCCUGAACAAAAAGGAGCACCUACAGGUUUUAUUCUGCCAAUCCGAGAUAUUCGGGCCAGUGUUGGUGCUGGGUUCCUGUACCCACUGGUAGGAACGAUGAGCACUAUGCCAGGACUUCCUACAAGACCCAGCUUUUAUGAUAUCGACUUGGACACAGUGUCAGGAGAAGUGAACGGGCUCUUCUGAAAAGAAUUUGUAACCAAAGCUCCCAGAAGAACACCUGAUGAGUCAUGUAAAUGAAACUAUUCACUGAUCUUUUUUGAAGUCGAAACAAGAUAUGACUGAGAAUACAGUGCAAGAAGUGAAAAAAAGAGUGAUAAAGGAUAAAACACUUAUUUUUAAUCAGUAAUAAUUCUUAAACUACUGUUUUCCAAGCUAGUUGAAACUAAGUAUCUAAAGUAUACUUCCUGUACAACCUUCCUGCUUCAUAACUGUAGCUGGAGCAAAAUACAGAAGCUUGGGUUUAGUGAUUUCUUAGAACCAGAGAAUCAUUUCAGUUGGAAAAGACCUUUGGGAUCAUCAAGUCCAGCCAGCUAAAGGACUGAAACUUUAAUUAAGAUAGUAAGCACAAAAAGGAGAAAAGAUACAUUUAUACAAUCUCACCUUGAUUCAGUGAGAUUAGGAUUUUUAAUUAUUAAAAUAAAGUUGGAGCUGUUUGUAACAGUCCUGGGACCUCGCUGUCUUAACAGUAGGGUUUUUGUGACAUAGAUUAUCUUGGGAGGUCUCAUAUGCUAUAAUAAUAUUCCUACUUGUCAUACUGAAUUCUGUAUCCCAUUUCUCACACUAUGGGAGGAUUUGCUGUGCUGUGAAAUCACACCAGUUUCUUUUAAAAGAGGGAACAAGGAAGAAUCCUUUUGUCAUUUUUUAGCAGGAGUGCUCACCAUAGCUUCUGCUGUGAAUUACCCCUGCAGAUACCUGAGCCAUGCCAGAUUUCUCUUUCAGAAAGCCCAGCUGUGACUGCUGUAAUUCUUACUACUGGAAACAGAACUUCUGAGUGUCGGGUCUGUUGAGACCUGGAUCUCUGGGCUGUACCCAUGGCUUCUGCCAAAAGUGUCCUUUCAACCAUUUUUUGCUCAGCAAUCAGUACAGUUAGGCCACUGAGAAGCCUUGUUUUCUAAGGUACCUUUUGGGUGAACAGAAGCCAUGUGAGCAGUGAUUGAGUCAUUUGUAGUAGGCUUUGUCAGUAGGCCAAAAAUCAUUUUGUAACAGAAACAGAGUUUCUGCCAGAUUUUUAACUAAUACAAAUAAAGGGUAAAAACUUCAAAUGCUUUUUGGGUUUUGAUGUACGUGCUGAGAUUAAUGACGUAGAACUUAUUUCUGUGAUUAACUGAGUAAUGCAGCAGUCCCAGUAUUGACAAUUAUAAGUGAUUAUUGCAGGAAUGAGUUGCCUGCAAUGCACCACCGUGUGUGUGUUCUAUCUUGUUUCUUUUCCUGGAUGGCGUGUGUCAUCUAUAGGAAAUAAACUGCCUGAAUUAUUCAGUGGAUCAAGUUUACUUGCAGUUGACUGCAGAAGAUCUGAAUUAAGAUGCUAGCUUUAUUAAGUUUGACUGCCCUGCUCGCAGCUGAAUAUUUUUGGCUUCUCCUUUUUCCAUAGACUUGCAAGGCCCAUCUGCUUGCAUCCAAACUGAAUCUGAAAGCAUUCUGAUUUUGGUGAGAACUGGGAGAGUUGUGGUGUAGGUGUGCACCAGUGUAAGGAUGCAUCUGUAGUACACAGAUACUAAAUAUAGAGAGCAAGUUAUUCAGUAAGGGAGAAUAAUUAUAUAAAAAUUACCUAGUUGUCACAGAAGCAAAGACAGAAUAAUUUAAAUUGUCGUAAGCACACUUGAGAUACACUCACAGCCUCCUCAGAUUUUCUUCUCGGUGGUAUUUGGCUGAGAAGUUGCUGGCAGACAGGUUUUACAGAGCACAAAAAGGCCACCUGCAUGGGGUCAGGAGGGGCAUCCCCUGUUGCUGCACCACCCCAAAGGCCUGGCUGGAAGUCCACCUGCAGCACCUUGGUGGAGCCUUUCCUUGCUGCAGAUUGCCACAGCUGAUGCUGCCAAGACUGCUGUCAGUUCCUACAUUUAAUCCUCAUUCUCUCAUCUUGCAGAGGCUUCCCUGUUGCACUGCUUUCCUGCAAGCGCUCUGUGUUCCACCUUCAUUUUAUGCUUAUGAAAGAUGGGAUAAGUGCUAAUUUAUGCUAAGAUUAGCCUCCUUUUAGUUCAGCAUGAGAUCGUAGACAUGUGGUUGAGAGGAGACGGUUCAGGAAGUCUCUAGGCCACAGCAUGCAGUGAGGCAACACCAUGGCACAGCCACGCAAACUGGACGUGAAUUUGCUGAACAGUGGGGGACUGCUGACAACAAAGCUUAAAGGCCGGCACCAAAUAGUGAAAAAAUAGCCCCAAGCAUCUCCAGAGAUGAGUGGCAAAUGCUUUUCUACAAUGUGCUCCAAAUGUUGUGGGAAGUGUGUUCCUACUGUCCCUACUUGCAACGCUGAUUCAUAAAUAAGUUGGGUGGGUUGUUGGUUUCUUUGCUCGUUUGGGACUGAGUACGGCAGCUGUUAGUUCUUGACCCAUCACCUAGGACACAAAGAAUGCUUACUCUCUUCUAACUGACAACUGGAAGGUUGUCUUCUCCUCCUGUUGCCUGGAGCAAAAAAUCAAUUAAAUGCAGGUCAGAGCUGGGAGCAUCAAGCAGGAUCAGAGGCAAACCUCACCCAACCUGUGUCAGGAGCUGAUCAGAAUCCAAAGCACAGCAGCAGCUGAGCUGGCACUGGGGGGCAGAACACCUCCACUCACUGCCUCCACGUUGCUUCAAGCGUUCUUCGUUUCCCUCGAACUGUCCAUGGGCUGAAUAAAAGUUGUUAACUGUU